GUUUUUCAGUGGAGACUUUUGAGUUAACUAGGUAAUCAACCAUAACUUUCGCAAAUUAAAAUUACUGGGUCUCCUUUUAUGUCUUUUGUAUUUUACAGAAACAUGCUCUACUUCCUGUCAUUUCUUUUUUUCCCUGCGUGCACACACACCUUCCCAUCUCAUGGGUCAUCAUUUUAGAAGAACAGCCUCCCCUGCUAUGCCAUGCAGGUGGGGUACAGACUGGUCACCCAUGGCAGGACAGUGUCUGCCCCACCUGGGACGGCCAGUGCAGCCUGGGCUCUCUCCCUGUUGUGUCGGAAACUGUCGUCACUAACACAAAGCAGUGUGAGGGUGGGAGGCGCCAGGAAGCAGUCUGUCCCAGUGAGUGUGUCUGCUCCCUUCCUGUUCUUGGGGCCCUCCCGCCUGCUGACACCUUUGCCCAGAGACAGAGCAGUGUCCGAGCCUCCACCCUUAAAGCCAAGAUAAGUGGGCCACCAGCCCUCUAGGAGACAGAGAGAUGGGGACGCAUCAGGAGUUUCCAGAGUGACUCUUCCAGAAACAGCUUUUGCUGUGUGCCUGGCUCCGCCCGCUUCCCUGCGACACAGAUCGGUUCCCUCCGGGGUCCCCGGUGGAAGCAGCAGAGGGCGGAAGCCCCCUCCUCACUCCCUGGCCUGUCCCACCGUCGUCCGAGUCGACUGGGUCUGCUCCCACAUCCAAGGUUCAGUUCCCUCCAGGUCUCUGUGUCCCCACGGGUUUCUGAGGAACCAUCUCCUAGGGUAGAACUACAGUUCCCAGAAUGCCGUCUUCAGUUUGGUAUUAUUCACUUCCUGCCAAGCUGCUAACAGCCAGGUACAAACGUUUCCCGUCAAUGGGCAGAAAACAACCUUGAAGAACCUUGACCGAGUCUGGAGUUCAGAAAACUUACCAUCACUGAUGGAGCCCCCCACGAUGAACCCAGUGGUGGAGCCCCUGUCCUGGAUGCUGGGUACCUGGCUGUCAGACCCGCCAGGAGCCGGGACCUUUCCGACGCUGCAGCCUUUCCAGUACCUGGAGGAGGUGUACAUUUCCCACGUGGGUCAACCUGUGCUCAACUUCUCGAAGGUAAAACUAAGGUGUUUGUUUUGUUCUGCUCAGAUCACCCGAAAAUUCAGGCUGAAUUCUGAAGGCAAACUUGAACAGACAGUCUCCAUGGCGACCACUACCCAGCCCAUGACUCAACAUCUUCACAUCACCUACAAGAAGGUGACCCCGUGACCCCGAGUGUGUGUCGUGACCCUUCGGCUUCUCCGUAGAUGCUCGCAGCAGGUGCGGGUGUGGCCGCAGGCCUCGUGGGUUCCAGAGUAUUGCCAUGGGUUCCUGUAACGGCGUAGAAAAACCAAAUAAAAGGCCUUUAUUUUUAUGACUGA